AUGGAUACAAGUUGGAUAGAACUUCCAAAUGAUCAUGCUGAAUAUAUUCAAGGAGUUGCAAAUUUUAUUGAGUUUGCGAAAGAGGGUCUUGUAGAAGGAAAAAUUCAAUGCCCAUGUAGAAAGUGCAAAGUGGAUAAGUGGUUGUCAAUAAAGCAAGUUGAGGAGCACAUUUUAUUCAAGGGCUUUUACAAGCCAUAUAAAAAAUGGAUUUUUCACGGAAAAAGAAGUAUUCUUGAGAAUAUAUCAGGUAAUGCUAAAAUUACAGGAAACGCUAGUGGCAGUUCUCUAGGUACAUGCUCAAUACAAAUCGAACAAAAUGACAUGGGUGGGUUACUAAGGGAUGCUUUUGGGAUGAAUGUUCCUGAUUAUGCUAGUGAACCUGUAGUUGAAUCACUUGUUGAUCAUUCUGUUGAAGAGUUAACUCAUGUAGACAAUGAUAAUAUCUUUGAGCCUUCAUUUGAAGAACAAAAUCCAACCCCUACCUCAAUCCCAGUAUAUGAUGAACAAGAAAAGGCUAAGUAUGAGAAACUACUCGAAGCUUCUAAUAAGGAAUUAUAUCCAGGAUGCACUUCAUACUCAAAGUUGUCAUUUCUUCUAUACUUGUUUCAUCUCAAAUGUAUGCAUCAUUGGUCAGCCGAGUCUGUAACCAUGUUAUUGAAAUUUUUAGUAGAUGCAUUUCCCCAAAUCAUGGAAUUUCCAUCAUCUUAUUAUGAAUGCAAAAAGAUAAUCAAUGAUUUGGGGCUUGGGUAUGAAAAGAUUGCAGCAUGCCCAAAUAAUUGUAUGUUGUAUUGGGGUGAAUAUUGUGAUAAGAAUGAAUGCCAUGUAUGUAAUGCCUCAAGAUGCAGGACGAUGAAAGGUAAGGAGAAUGAAACAAGUAAUACCACUAAAAAAGGCGAGCCCGCUAAGGUUAUGCGAUAUUUUCCAUUAAUUCUGAGGUUAAGAAGGAUUUAUAUGUCAUCUAAAACUGCAGAAGAUAUGAGAUGGCAUGAUGAUUAUAGUAAGCGUGAAAGUGAUGGAAAAUUGAGGCAUCCAUGUGACGGCUUAGCUUGGAAAGAUUUUGAUAAACAAUAUCCUAAUUAUUCUUCUGAUCCACGUAGUGUGAGGUUAGGAUUGGCUUCAGAUGGCUUUAAUCCUUAUCGGUUAAUGAAUACUAAUCAUAGUAUGUGGCCUGUGGUGUUGAUUCCUUAUAAUUUGCCCCCGUGGUUAUGUAUGAAGCAAUCAUCUUUUAUUCUAUCCAUAAUAAUUCCUGGAAAAUCAAGCCCCGGAAUUGAUAUUGAUGUAUAUUUGCAACCUUUAUUACAUGAAUUGAAGUUGUUGUGGAAAGGAGUUGAUGCUUUUGAUGCUUUUAGUAAUGAAAAAUUUAAGUUACGAGCAUCUUUGAUGUGGACAAUUAAUGACUUUCCUGCUUAUGCUAUGCUAUCUGGUUGUAUUUUGGUUUUUGGGGUUUUACUUGUUAAGUCAGAGAACUUAUGCUAG